ACAGAGGAGGGUGCACGCGUUCUCCUUACACCGACUACGAAAACAACGACGCGAGUGACUGUGUUGUGCGAAUAGUGAUCUGUGUUGGACAAACUGUGGAUACAACUAGCAAAUCUGGAGCGACCAAGUUCAAAAAGAAGCGGCCGCUUGUGUGAUGCAGCGAUGUCGGCGGCGGUGAGGGCGGCGCUGCUCUGCGUCUGCGCAGUGUUACUACAACACGCAAACGCGGAGCUCCGAGGACGAUGCCCUGCUGAAGAAGGUCCCUGCCAGCCUCGGGCGGCGGCCUGCAGUACUGACGAUGAGUGCGGGGAACAGGUGUGCUGCAGCACUAAAUGUGGGAGAGCGUGUGUGGAUCCACUCUACACUGGAUGUGAAAACGUGAGGCAGUCAGCGGAACGGAUAUCCCGCGCUCUGGCCGCCGAGAACAGCAGAGGAGGUCGUGGUCUGCUGAAGUCAGUCCGGGCUCCAAGAUGUAGGGUCUCAGACGGAGAAUUCGAGCAAAUACAGUGCGACAAUGAGAUCGUCAGCUCCUGUUGGUGCGUUGACGAAGCUGGAUUUGAGCUGCCAGGUACCCGCGCGCCAGCCGCCAGUCUAGUCAACUGCACCAAAGUGGCGCCCUGUGCGGCCCACACCUGCCGAAUGUUAUGUCCACUCGGGUUCGAGCUAGACGCCCGGGGUUGCCCUCUUUGCAAAUGCAGAGAUCCGUGCUCGAGUAUCACUUGCCCUGGACAGCUGUCUUGCCAGCUUGAAGAGACGCCGUGCUUGAGGCCUCCUUGCCCGCCUGUGCCUACGUGUAAACGUGGUCGAAGCUUGCAGAACAUCUGCCCUGUCGGCGAGCCUCUUAUCAUAUCGGAGACCAGCCGGCCGUUCCUCUGCGGAACUGACCCUGGGAAACCUAACUGCCCACCACUUUACCGGUGCCUGGUUGAAUCAGGUAAUGACUACGGCGUAUGCUGCCCAGCGUCUCUAGAACUCAAGAAGGCUGGCACUUGUCCCGUACCAGAAGCAGAAAUAGAGUGUGGUACACCUUGCGCCCAUGAUCUCGAAUGUCCUUCAAUGCAGAAAUGCUGCGAUGGAGGGGAGUGUGGGAAACAUUGCGUUCUUCCUAACAACGUUACUAUGUGCACGCAGCAGAAGAUGUUGGCGGAGCUGCUGGUGAUCAGUGAGAAGGAAGGGAGGGGGUAUGUGCCGCAAUGUACUGCUGAUGGCUCCUUUGAAUCGAAGCAGUGUUCGAGGAAUGGGCUUGUUUGCUGGUGCGUCGACACGGACGGCAACAAGCUCCGCGGCUCCAUGGGCCCAGCCGACACCGUCCACUGUUCAAAGACCCCCAGACCAUCUCGUUCUGGAGGUCGAAGCCUAGUAUCCUGCGGGAGAGCGUUAUGUGCUGGGGUCUGCGAGUAUGGUUACAAGACUGGAUCAGAUGGGUGUCCGACCUGCGAAUGUGACGAUCCUUGUGCGGGCUUCCCGUGCCCUGAUGGCGAGGAGUGCGUGAGGGUUAAGGACGCCGAUUGCGCUGGUGAAUUCUGCACCGGUUAUCCUGUUUGUCGUCCUAAAGUUUCAUACAACAACCCUUGCGAAGUGGGCAUACCAGCAGCUGACGAUGAAGGGACAGUGGUCCGCUGCGGCGCAGACGCUGACUGUCCCGGUGGGCACGUGUGUACUAGAUCCAAACACAGCGAAAAUGCAGUGUGUUGUAUGGACCCGGCUGACAGCGAUAACUCUACUGAAGCUGAACUAUUAGAGGUAAAUUUCGAGUCUUGCGGUCCAGAAGUAGAAGCUGUGUGCGGUCUGAACUCCACGGCUAGUUGUGCUGAAGGAACUUGUGAUGGCGACCUCAUGUGUUGUUCUACAGCCAAUUGCGGGCCAGUCUGCGUGGACCCCGCUAAGAUGAAGCUUCAGACUGAUAGAGUUGAUGACACUCCUACAAUGUGCGAAUACCUCCGCGACUUCGACGAGAAGAUGGAAGGUACAGUGGACGGCAUGAAGCUGGCUCUUCCUCCACCGACCUGCAAGUCCGACGGCUCGUACACUUCACAGCAAUGUUCUAAGGGACGGUGCUGGUGUGUGGACUCCUUCGGCACUGAAAUACCCGACACCAGCUCCACUAAUGCCACUGCUGUGGAUUGUGACAAAGUCCGCGAAGAACAUCAAUGCUUAGAGUUGACAUGCCGCAUGGGCUGCGACUACGGAUUCGAACUCGGGCCCGAUCGUUGUCCGAAGUGCCGUUGCAGAGACCCUUGUUCCACUGUCACUUGCCCAGCUGACCGCGCCUGUACUGUAGUGGAAGUGGCCUGUGAUGCUGACUACUGCCCGCCUGUUCCUGCUUGUCUACCCAAAAAGCGCGGGCAAUGCCCAUACCUAGUGCCCUUCACGCAUGGAACUUGCGAGUUCUCAUGUCGCGGUGACGCCGACUGCGGCCCCACGGAGCGCUGCUGUGCCACCGGCUGCGGAACCACUUGUACCGAGCCUUUACACCAGUCUGCUUGUCAGCAGAGCAGAGCAUUAGCUCUCCACAUAGCCUCAGAAAAUGGCAGCCCGGCUUCAAGGAUGUGGGUGCCAGCUUGCAAAGACGACGGGUCUUACGAACACGUCCAGUGCAGAACUGCCAAUAAUACGUGCUGGUGCGUCGACAUAUCUGGCAAUGAGAUUCCCGGAACAAGAGCAGUGAAUUCCACUCCAGAUUGUGAAAACGCAAACAAAUGUCCUGACCCCGGGUGCAAAGAAGAGGUGCUAUGUCCCCAUGGACAAGCGUUAGAUAACAAGGGGUGUCCCACUUGUGAAUGCAGAGAUCUGUGUGCUGAAGCCAAAUGUAGGACCGGAGAGACUUGCGAACUGGUACCAUUGGAAUGUGAGGGCUCCCCGUGCCUGCCGCUGGCCCGCUGCCGGCCGGCGCCGCGCUGCCCGGGCGCCGCGUCUCCCUUGCUCGCCCCCGACGGCUCCGCUCCCUUGCUCUGCGGCCCUAACACCGCCGACUGCCCCUCGACACACGCCUGUACUUACGCCCCACAUGAUUCUAGACCUUCAGUUUGCUGCCCGAAGCCACACACAGUAUGCUUCGAAAGCAAAGACGAGGGCGUCUGCGAAGGCAAUCCCCGACUGAACACAACCCGCUGGGCCUUUAACCACAAGCGAAACAAAUGCGAGCGGUUCAGAUACUACGGCUGUUCCGGGAACCACAACAACUUUAAGACAAAGGAGGAGUGUAACGCUGCUUGCCCUGUGGAGAGUGCGAGCACCAAAAACGCCAAACAGCAGAGUUCGCCUACCGCAGAAGUAUUGAGUCCAUGUGAAAGGCUUCGUGAAAGGAAUGAGGCGAAAGCAAAGAAGUACGGGCAGGUUUCGUUCAUACCGAAAUGCGACGCCAAUGGGCUGUGGGAACCAGUGCAAUGCAUGCUGGAUAUUGAUGUUUGCUGGUGUGUGAGCGCCCAUGGAGAGUCUCAGAAAGGGUCGAUGGUGCGAGGAGCCAAACCGACUUGUAACUUCAGACAGGCGCGCAAGUGGGUGCAAAGAGAUCCUAUUUACCAAAGAGCAAGAGCUGCUGAAGUGCUAGAAGAAUUAAUAGUUCAGAUGACAAGGUUCCAAGAGGAUGAUUUCGAUGAAGAAGAUCUUGAAGAAGCUGAACCUUCAGAACAAGGUGUACAGGAAAUAGAAAACGAAAAGAGCGAGGAUAUGAAAAAGGAAGAUAGAAGUACUGAGGAAAUAGCUACUGUAUUGUCAGAGACCGUUGAACCAAAGUCGAAUGUAGCAAGGACGCAAGACAGACCAUUGGAAGUUAUAUCAGACGUGAUCAUGUUCAAAACUAAAUGUCAGUUGAUGUUGGAGGAAAGCGAAAACGGAUUGGAAGGUCGCACCCCACGUUGUCUUCCCGACGGAUCGUUUGCACCGCGUCAGUGCGCACGCGGCCGCUGCUGGUGUGUGGACGCGGCUGGGCAAAGACGAACGCACCACGCCGUUGUUCCAGACUUCCCCGAGAGAGACCCUUGCGAACAAACCCAAAUAGAUUCGGCUAUUCUCGAACUAGAACUGGUCGGAGCGGAAAGCACAGCAGCAGAAAACGCACGAACAUUCCUAGCGACUCGCCUGGCGGCUCUCGGGGCUCGGGUGCCGGUCUCCGUGCUGAAAGAGAAGAGCACAGUCAGACUUAGAGCACUGCUGCAAGGACCCAGAUCUGUUGAUGUGGUCUACCAUAUUGAGAACUUGGUAAAACAAGAAAAGUUAGCUGGUAUGAAAACAGGCGAGCCGGGUGUAUUGGGGGCGGACAUGAUCCGCAGCGAAUAUAGAUUAGCAGCGGCGCCGCCACCAGCGUUGCAGCAGAGAGAAAUACUAAGCGAAUCUACGGUAUCUGCAGCAACGUCAUAUCACACAGCGUUGAUAGUACUCGCAGCCACGUCGGCGUUUAUCAUCAGUGUGUUAUGUGUCCUUGUCAUGCUUUACCGAGCAAGACUCCAAAGAGAACCUCAAAAAGCCGAGAGAUUCCUCCCAGCCACGCCACCAGUCUACGUUCUCUCUGCUGACGAGAAGGCAGAACUAGCGAAAGUACUCCACGCGCCACCUUCUUUACCGCAAACGACUGACGACGAUCACACUAGAGUAUAAUACCACAAUAAACCCCAUUUACGUUACUUCCCGUGUCCUUUCCUAUGUAAUCUUAGUACAGGUACUAAAGAAAUUAGGGUCCAAAUUGCCUAGAUUUUGAGUAACGUAGAUGUAGAUACCCUAUAUCAGGCCAAACCUGGUAGCUCAGCUACACAAUUUGUUUGGCCGUUGUUAAGGGUGAUGGGGUCUUACCGUGUUAAGUAUUAAACUAAGUGCUGAAGACCGUGAAAUUUCUUUUAAGGAUUUUCUAAGGUUGUCUGAAAUAGAUUACCUAAGUGAUAAGUCCGCCCUUGUACCUAACAUCAUUUAUUUUUUGUUUCGGUCAUAUUUUGUUUUUUACUGACGAUUUUCAGCAUUUAGAUUUGAUUUAUUAUUUCCUUCAAUGCCAAGUAGACGACAAGCCGUCGUCUCGACGUUGGAUGAUUAUUGUGUUAAGUUAAUUUUUAUCAAGUAUAAGAUAUUCUUAAGAACGCCUGCUGAUGUGGAAGUGUGGAUUAGUGAUAUGUGAUCCACCACGUUCUUUAGUUCCUCUCGUUGAGUUUUGAUCUAAAUCAUACUUUAUUGCAAUACAUAAGUACUUAUUCAUUUUAAAUAUCUAAGUACGCAACAAAAACUUGACUCAACGUAGAACUAAUCUAGUCUUACUCAUUCAUGAUCUUCAUCAGAUCAUCUACAUCAUCUCCAUCGAUCAUUAUCAUCAUCACAAUUUGAUUGUUUUUGUUUUAAGAUAUAUUUGUAAAUAAUUAUUUAUAAUUAUCCAUUGUACUUUUUCAUCAAUAUUAAAAAUUUUAUAAUGUAAUACAUUCAUAGUGUAAAAAUUCUUUAACAUCAAAAAUGUAAAAAUCUUCCCAGUUCUCUUUUGUGAACGCUCCAAGAUAGUUUUUUUGGAUA